AUGGCAUCCUGGAAGGAGAUGAAAAGCAGCAAGAGUCUACCAAAUGCCUCGUUGAUCACCAAUAUGAGGAUAUGGGCCAGGUCAUACUUCCAUGGCAUGACUAGCAUGAUGCUACAAACACAGAAAGGUGUCCACCUCACCAGCUGGCGGCACAUCAGCAACGCGCUCAUGCGGGCUGAGAAGGUGCCUAAGCCGUGGCCUGGCUCAGGCGACCGCAACCCGAGGGUCCGCAUCUGUUCGCCAAGGACGGCUUCCACUACCUGCCUGCUACUCGGCCAGGGCGGGACCGAGACGAACCACUCGGCGACCAUCGCGCGGGCUGCGUCGGGGGACGCGGCGGGCGGGCGGUGGGCGAUAGCGCGCUGGCGACUCGGUCGGGCCCUGAGUGAGCUGUCUUCCCCAUGGGCUGUCUUCUCCAUGGGCCGCGAGACGGUGUUCAUGCCGAUGGGCUGGGAGGCUGAGAAGUGGCCAGCUCUCGACCCCGUGCAGGGCCGCAUGACCGCCGCGCUGCCGGCGGGUGAGGCGUUGCGGGUCGAGUUGGCGGGGGCCGUGGCUGCGUUCAGGGCGCCGAGCGAGGUUGUCGUGGCUCUGCCGGCCGUGUGGAUCGGGAAGAAGCUGUGGCUGACGGUCAAGGCUACCAUGGAUGGUCAGUUUGUGUUUGGAUAG